AUGGCGGCCAACAUUCUAACAGAGCUGCUUAGUCGCAAUGAAAAAAUUGCCCAGGGAUAUAAAGCUCCUCUCCCUUUGUUAACUAUGGUUCCGGCAGCUCGCCAAUCCGGAGCGGGCGCGAUUAUCUUGAGCUGUUCUGAUCCACGCUUGAAUCCCUACACAAUCUUUGGUAUUGAUUCAACCAUUAGAGGAAUUACAAUGGUCCGCAAUGCUGGCGGCCGUGCAGUUGAUGCUAUUAGAACUAUAUCCGUUCUUCAGACCAUUGGGCAUUCGAAAACGGUGAUUGUCAUGCACCAUACUGAUUGCGGAAUGACACACUUUCACGAUGCCAAUAUUCGAGAGGCUCUAUUAGACUUUGCACCUCAGGAAAAAGAAACCAUCAAUGCAACGAAAUACGGUGAGAUUACUGGAUCAAUUGAAGAAAGCGUGAAAGAGGAUGUAAAUCUAAUUAGCUCUUCCCCUUUCAUUCGACCCGGAACAACAAUCGUGGGACUCAAGUUGGAUAUUUUCACAGGCGUUGUUACCAAAGUUGCUGAAACUAAGCUUGCGGAGCAGUGA